AUGCCGCUGCUGCUGCUGCUGCUGCUGCUACUGCCGCCGCCGCUGCUGCCUCUGGCGGAGGGGCGGCGGGCGGCGAUGCUGCGGAUGGGCCUGCGGGGCAGCCCCCGCGGGGAGGUGAGCCCGGCUUUCCUCUCCCUCACCCUGGACGCCAGCCUGGCCCGGGACCCGCGCUACGUCGCCUUGCUCAGCAAUCCCAAACUGCAUGCCCUGGCGACGGCCCUGUCCCCAGGCUUCCUGAGGUUCGGCGGCACCGAGACAGAUUUUCUCAUCUUUGAUCCCAACAAGGAUUCAACUUUGGAAGAAAAAAUUCUGUGGGAACUUCAGGCCCAGCAAGAGGCUUGUGGCUCAAGGCCUGCAUUUGCUGCUGUUGAGAAGCUGCUGCUGGCCCAGUGGCCCAGCCAGGAGAAGCUGAUUCUUGCAGAGCAUAACUGGAAAAAGCACAAAAACACCACUAUUACAAGAAAUACGCUGGAUAUUCUCUACAGCUUUGCAAAAUGCUCAGGGUUUCACCUGAUCUUUGGGCUCAAUGCCUUGCUGCGGAAAGAUGGCUUGCAGUGGGACAGCUCGAAUGCCCGGGCACUGCUGGACUACUGCGCCUCGCAGAGGUACAACAUCUCCUGGGAGCUCGGGAAUGAGCCCAACAGCUUCAGGAAGAAAUCUGGCAUCUACAUUGACGGCUUCCAGCUGGGGCAAGAUUUUAUUCACUUACGCCAGCUUCUGAAUAACUAUACACUCUACCGGAAUGCAAAGCUCUAUGGUCCCGAUGUCGGGCAGCCCCGAAAGCACACGCAGAGACUGCUGAGAAGCUUCCUGAAAUCGGGAGGGAAGGUGAUUGACUCUGUCACGUGGCACCAUUACUAUGUGAAUGGACGAAGUGCAACAAGGGAGGAUUUCUUGAGCCCUGAAGUGCUGGAUACCUUUGCCACAGCUGUACGCGAAGUCCUGGAGAUUGUUGGUGGGACUGUGCCCAACAAGAAGGUCUGGCUAGGAGAGACGAGCUCUGCCUAUGGAGGGGGAGCUCCCAGGCUGUCCAACACUUAUGUUGCUGGCUUUAUGUGGUUGGACAAACUCGGGCUUUCAGCCAGGCAGGGUAUUGACGUGGUGAUGAGACAGGUUUUCUUCGGGGCAGGGACCUAUCACCUGGUGGAUGCCAACUUUGAGCCUUUGCCGGACUACUGGCUCUCGCUGCUCUAUAAGAAGCUGGUGGGUACCAAGGUGCUGCAGGUCAGCCUGGCAGGAGCCGAUGAGAGGAAGCUCCGUGUCUACCUCCACUGCACAAACACCCUCCACCCAAAGUACAGAGAAGGGGACGUGACGCUGUUUGCCUUAAACCUCUACAACAUUACCCAACAUUUGCAGCUACCAAAUUACUUAUUGAGUAAGCAUGUGGAUCAGUACCUCUUACUGCCUCAUGGGAAAGAGAAUAUACUUUCCAGGUCUAUUGAGCUGAAUGGCCAUGUGCUACGGAUGGUGGAUGACAAAAUGCUGCCAGAGCUUACCGAAAAACCCCUUGGUCCUGGCAGUGUACUCGGCCUUCCAGCCUUCUCUUACAGCUUUUAUGUUAUCAAAAAUGCCAAAGCUAUUGCUUGCAUUUAAAUGGUUAAUACACGAGCACAGGAUAAAUGUAAAGCACUUGGCUAGUAGGAAAUUCAAUGCUAGAAAUUCAUGUUUCUCCCACAAGUUUUAAUUCUGGCAAGGGAUGCAAAUGUGGCGGCACUGGUACAACCUGUGGGCUGGGAAAGACAUGAGAUCCUGCUGGGUAAUUUGUAGAGGACAGAUGCUCAUUAAGCUCCUGGGAGAAUUAUCCAGGUAGGGCAAACCCAGGCAGGGGCUGGUUUUGCUCUCGGUCCAGCCUGGGUUGCUGCGCUCGAGCACAGGGCAGCUCUGUGCGUGGCAUAGAGAAACGCAUCAGCUUCUCAUGCUGCACUUGUGGUUCUGCCAGCUGGGAGCUGCAAACUCCUCUCUCCCUCUCAUUUCUGCAAGCAUAGCUCUUAAAGCAGUUCCUUGAAAAGCUUGCCUUCAGAGAGGAUGAGCAGGGCGUUUUAUUUUAGCCGUACAGCU